AUGCUUCCCCUGUGGUAGCGAGUUUAUUUUCCCUUGGGAUACGAGCGGCCAACUCAGCUGUUUGAAGGCAAAGAAUUCUUUAGUCUUUCGGAGUUUGUGUCGAAACUCACAACAUACAUUUCGGCUUGUCACAGUAAUUACUUGAAUUUUUCAUCAUUAUCAAUAGUAUGGCUAGCCAUGGCCGCCAUGAAGAUCAACGAAGCACUCUGUCAUUGAUUGCUGCAGGAUUCCACGAAUUUACUCGUACCUCUGGGGCGUACCUGGCAAAAGUUUCCCUUUUCCACAAACUUAUUGCUUUGGGUACCUUGGUUUUAUCAACUUUAGUUAUUGGAGGCUCAAAUUUUUUUACAGCAAGAAUGGUCACAAAUCGAGAAGAAGGAUUUUUCCAAAAAUUAAGAAAAUUUAAGGUGGUUAGAAUAUCCUUGAAUGCAGUUGACCGCCUACUUCAUGUGAUGGAAAGCUUAGUUGUUCCUAAUAAUCCAGUAAAAUCUAAGCAAUCUCCCAAGGCUAAUAGUCAUUUGGUGUCGGCAUCAUCAAAUUCUAUAGGCACUGAAAUAAAUGGACUUCCUAAGUUAUUGAAUCUCCGUCACAUAUCAAUUUCUUCAAGUGGUACUCCCUGUAAUAAAGAAAGAUCAUCUGAUGCAGAAGAUUGGACACCAUUUUCGUCAGUAUCUACCACCGUCGAUGAAAGUUUGUUCGAUCCCAGUUGUGUAUCCUUGAUGGAAGAUCUAUCUCAAAGCACAAUUUCAACGCCGAUUCGGGAUUUGCGCCAACAAAUGGCUUCUAAAAUUCGGACGUGGCGCUUGGCUAUACAAGAUUUGGAAGGGGCAGAAGAAUUUCGCUCUUGGUCUCCUGAAUCUCCUCACGGUAUAUCAAAGAACAGUUUGUUCGUCCGCUUAUGGAAAUCGCUAUCGCAGUUGAUAUCGGUACGGCAAACUGGAUCAUCUCGUGACAUUGAACCUGGAUCAGGCCGCAAACGAAAGCGAAUGGAUGCUGACGAUGACGACUUGGCGCUAUACAUACCGCUUUACAAAGGUCAAUCGAAAUUGAACGGAAGUGGAUUGCUGAGCUCCGAGACCAAUGAACAACCUGCUCCGCCUGGCAUCCGCGGUCUCUCAGUGGUACCGAUCAUUGGAAAUUGGUUUUCCUCUGUUCAAUCGGAAGAUACUGAACGCGUCGAGGAUACGCAACUUGACCAUAUUUCUUUGAUACAGCGUGACUGCUUUUCUUCUUCGAAGGAAAAAAGGGAGGUGACAAACGACCACAAACCUUACGAAAUAACCAGUUCCGAAACAAUUGGCGAAGAUAUUCCUGCAGAACAAAAUUAUGUGUCUGUCGAGCACCUUUAAGCAAUGUAAAAGGAUUGAUUAGUGGAGCAAAUAUUCAACGAGAACAAAAUUGAAAUUUCAUAUUUACCUAAACUUGCAUUCUCUUGAAAAUGAAAUUUGUGUUGUCUAAUAUUUAUUAUUACGCCAUUAAUUAUUAAAUAGAAAGAAGUAAAAUAUAAACGAAAGAAAUUUAUUUCUCUCGUUAUGACAAAACACAGCACAUAUU